UCUCUCAUUAUUCCAAACAAAACCUUCUUCUCUUUCACUUUCUCUCUUUCUCCUUUCUCAUGGCUAUGCCUUGUUUCUUUCUCACUCUUUUAUUCUUCUUAUCUACGUUGCAUGCGUGUGACGCUAGUCGUCUUCGAUUCUUCCAGAGCUCGAAUUUUGUUUCCAGGAUUGAACCGCAUUCGAUCUCUCAAGGGAUUUGGACAGAUCAUGAUCAGGAGAGAAGUUUUUACAAAAACAACAGUGACAAGGUUCUUCCUCAUAAGGAGAUUAUUGUUGGGAUUGAAAUGUUAAAGGGAAUGAAGAAGGAUGGAAGCAGAUUGGUAAUGGAACUUCCAAUGAAAGAAAAAGUGAUGAAUUCUAAGGAAAAUGAAGUUGGAGAAGACAUGGUAGUGAUGGAUUAUGCACAACCCCAUAGAAAGCCUCCUAUUCACAAUGAAAGACCCUAGAUAUAUAUAUACAUAUAUGUAAUGUAAUAGUUCUCAAAUUUGCCAUCAAUAUCUAAAUAUGUUUCAAAAAUUAAAGUCUUUUUUUUAUAUAUAUAUUUUGGAAUAAAGAAAAAAGAAUUAGAGUAUAAAAAACUA